AUAUAAAGAAGGCUUUCCCGCCGCGGAGAUUUCUCACUUGCCCAUCCUUACGAAUCGGCGCCUUUCCUUUCCUUUCCGGUAUUCUCUGAAUCUCCGCAUCCUUUUCUGUGCACCCAUUUGCUCACAGUCAUCAUCAAUCGCGAAUGCCAACACUCUCCAUAAUUAGGGGUGAACUGGUGUGGUGCUUGCAGCCCUAGUUUUUGUUUUUCUCUACUUCUUCGCUUCGUCAUCGCUGCUUUAUUCGAUGGAACUCCGUUCUCGUACCCUAGGCGCUGCCUCUUCUUCCAAAGGCAAAGAGAAGGUUAAGUACGAUGACAGUUCUGACGGUGAUAGUCCGGUGCCAACCUCUUCUGAUCCUGAUUAUGAUUCUGAUGGGCUGGAUGAUACAGCAGUAGAGGAGUUCCUAAAUUCUUCUUUAGAGAACUCAUUUAGAAUCAGCGAUGAUGAUCUUCUGGAUAAUGUGCCAAAGAGAAGAAAAGGUAAUUCCCAGUCAAGGAGCAAACAGGGUCGCAAGUCGCAGGAUGACCAAGAAGAGGGAGAUCACGAAAAAGAUGUAGAUAUGGAUGCUGAAAUAGCUGCUGGACUAGCAGGAUUGGUUGAACCUGCAGUCCCAGCAGAGAAACCUGUGAGAAAAAAGAGGGGUAAGAAAAAGAAAAUAAAACCUGUGUUACAAUGGGAAAUAAUGGAACAGGAAGAUGAUAAAUGGAUUGCCGAGAACCUAAACUUGGAUACAGACUUAACAAAACAGGACGAAAUGUCUUCAGAAACUGUUGAUCCUUCAGAUGAUUUGAUCAUACCAUUGCUGAGAUACCAGAAAGAAUGGCUAGCUUGGGCGCUGAAACAAGAGGCGUCUACUGUUAGGGGCGGCAUACUUGCAGAUGAGAUGGGGAUGGGCAAGACCCUCCAGGCAAUAUCGCUUGUUCUUCUCAAAAGAAGUAUGAGUAUAGGAAAUCAUUGGCAUGGAUCAUCUUCUUCCAGUGUUGUCAAAGGGCACGGACCUGGAUCUUCUGCCAGUGUCGUUGAAGGUUUACCACCAAUAAAAGGCACACUUGUUAUCUGUCCCUUGGUGGCUGUGAUGCAGUGGGUAAGUGAGAUUGAAAAGUUCACAUCAGAAGGAAGCACCAAGGUGCUUGUUUAUCAUGGGGCCAACCGUUCUAAAAAUCAUUAUCAAUUUUCUGAGUAUGACUUUGUGAUAACAACUUAUUCCAUUGUCGAGGCUGAAUAUCGAAAAUAUGUAAUGCCCCCUAAAGCAAAAUGCCAGUACUGUGGAAAAUUAUUCUAUGAUAAAAAGUUAAAAAUCCAUUUGAGGUAUCACUGUGGGCCUGGUGCGGUUAAGACUUCUAAACAAUCAAAGCAGCAAAGGAAAGAACCUAUGCCAAAGAAAGUGCCUGCCAUUAAGAUUAGUACAAGUAAAACAGAGUCUGGCAAACGAAAGAAACCUGAUAGUGGUGACAAGGAAAUAGAAAUUGACCGUUCUGGUGAAGAUUCAGCUAUGGCUGGGCAACAAUUAUUUGAAGGAAAGUCCAUUUUGCAUUCAGUUACUUGGGAGCGCAUCAUAUUGGAUGAGGCUCAUUAUAUAAAGGAAAGGCGUAGCAACACUGCUAAAGCUGUUCUUGCUUUACAAUCUUCAUAUAAAUGGGCUUUAAGCGGCACUCCCAUUCAGAAUCGUGUUGGAGAGCUCUAUUCACUCAUCCGCUUUCUGCAGAUGGUUCCAUACUCGUAUUAUUUUUGCAAGGAUUGUGAUUGCCGCCAACUUGAUUAUAGUCCCUCAGGAGACUGUCCAGGUUGUGUCCAUAAAAGUGUUCGACACUUUUGUUGGUGGAAUAAAUACAUUGCCUCGCCAAUACAAGAUCACGGGGCAUAUGGGUUUGGUAAAGGAGCUAUGCUUUUAUUAAAGCACAAGCUUUUGAAAAGUGUUGUGCUGAGACGUACCAAAAGGGGAAGGGCUGCUGAUCUUGCAUUACCACCGAGAAUUGUGACUUUGAGACGGGAUACUCUGGAUGUUGUUGAAGAAGACUAUUAUACAGCACUCUACAACGAAAGUCAGACACAGUUUAAUACAUAUGUUGAAGCUGGAACAGUGUCAAAUAACUAUGCUCACAUAUUUGACCUUUUGACACGCCUUCGUCAGGCAGUUGAUCAUCCUUACCUGGUGGAAUAUUCGGUUUCAGCAAUGGAAAGAAAGGGCAAAACAGUUGAGACCGACAACGAUCAAAUAUGUAGUUUAUGCCAGGACCCUGGGGAGGAUACUGUGGUGACUGCAUGUGGGCAUGUCUUCUGCAAAAGUUGUUUGAUUGAUAUUACUACCGCCAUGGGACAAAAUUCCUGCCCGUCGUGUUCAAAGCCGCUUACUGUUGAUUUCACCUCCAAAGAUGGGAAAGAGCCAAGCUCAAAAUCUGCUAUUAAAGGAUUCAGACCUUCAAGCAUUUUGAACAGGAUUCAUCUGGAUAACUUUCAGACAAGUACAAAAAUUGAUGCUUUGAGGGAGGAAAUUAGGUUUAUGGUCGAAAGGGAUGGUUCUGCAAAGGGGAUUGUCUUCAGCCAAUUCUCAUCUUUUCUGGAUCUCAUACAUUUUUCCCUUAUCAAGUCUGAAGUGAACUGCGUGCAAUUGGAUGGAUCCAUGACAAUGGCUGCAAGAGAUGCUGCUAUUAAAAAAUUUACUGAGGAUCCUAAUUGCAGAAUCUUCCUUAUGAGCUUGAAAGCCGGUGGCGUUGCCCUGAAUCUCACUGUUGCCUCCAAUGUUUUCUUAAUGGAUCCAUGGUGGAACCCUGCUGUGGAGCGACAGGCUCAGGAUCGAAUUCAUCGAAUAGGGCAAUAUAAGCCGAUCAGGGUUGUUCGAUUCAUCAUUGAAGACACGAUUGAGGAGAGGAUACUGAAGCUGCAGGAAAAGAAAGAACUGGUGUUUGAAGGGACUGUUGGGGGAUCUUCUGAGGCAAUCUCGAAGCUUACAGAAGCUGAUAUGAGAUUCCUCUUCGUCACCUAAACUAAACUAAACUUUUAGGUGACUAAUAAUCACUCUCUGUCUCGUAUGCUUAAACUGUCGUCUGUCCCUAAUUGGUAUUUUGUGAUAUCCAAAACUAUUAUUGCUUCGCCAAUUAGGCUAAUUGAAACCGCUCUACUGCUCAACCAAAAUUCUAGAUGUUAGAAUAUGGGCAAGAUU